AUGGAACAAUUUAGACAAAUUGGCGAGGCCCUUGGAAGUUUAAAGGCUGUGAUGGUGUUCAGGGAGAACAUUCAAAUCAAUCAGAGACAAUGUUGUGCUCUUCUAGAUGUUUUCACCUUUGCAUAUGAAUCUAUAGCAGAUGAGAUCAUACAGAAUCUGAAAUUUGAAGAGAAGAAUGGAAAAUGGAAGGUUCUAGAACAGCCCUUAAGAGAGAUCCAUAAGAUUUUCAAAGAAGGAGAAGUUUACAUUAAGCAUUGUUUGGAAAUAAAGGACUUUUGGGCUAAAGCCAUUACAUUGUGUCAUAAUACAGAUUGUGUUGAGUUUUACAUACACAACUUGUUAUGUUGCAUGCCUAUUGUGAUCGAGGCGAUUGAAUCGGCUGCUGAAACGUCGGGUUUGGAUCUAGACGAGAUGCAAAGAAAGAGGCUUAUAAAUUCGAAUAAGUAUAGAAAAGAAUUUAGAGACAUGAAGCUUUUCAAGUGGAAAUUUGGUAAGCAUUACCUCAUUACUCAGGAUUUGUGUAACCGCUACGAUACGGUUUGGAAGGAAGACAGAUGGUUUCUUUUCAACAAGAUCCAUGAAAAGAAAGUGUCGGGCGCGACAAAGUACGAGAGGAAAUUGAUAGAUUUGCUUUUUAGGAAUUUAGAAGUAUCGGAGUCGUUGGAAGCUAAGCUUCUGCCGAGCUCGAUAUUGGUUGGUUCUAAGGACUAUCAGGUGAGGAGAAGAAUGGAGAAUGGAAGUCAGUAUAAAGAGAUUCAAUGGUUAGGUGAAAAUUUCGUUUUAAGACAUUUUUCGGGUGAUAUUGAGGCUUUGGAAAGUGAGAUCAAAGAACUUCUAUCUCUUUCGCAUCCGAAUAUAAUGGACUUUCUUUGUGGUUUUACUGAUGAGGAGAAGAAAGAAUGCUUUCUGUUAAUGGAACUGAUGAACAAAACUCUUUGCACUCAUAUUAAAGAGAUUCACGGUCCGAGGAAGCGAAUACCGUUCGUGCUUCAUACCGCGGUUGAUCUUAUGCUUCAGAUUGCGAGAGGAAUGGAGUAUCUUCAUUCAAAGAAAGUGUAUCAUGGAGAAUUAAACCCUACAAAUAUUCUUGUUAAGUCUAGAAGUGCGUUGCCAGAAGGUUACUUGCAUUCCAAGGUAUCGGGUUUUGGCUUAUCUUCAGUUAAGGAUUUGAACCAGAAAGGGAAUGCGAAUCAACAUGGAACUCUCUCAUUCAUUUGGUACUCUCCUGAGGUACUUGAAGAGCAAGAACAAUCGGGAGCUGCGUCGGUUUCUAAGUACACGGAGAAAUCUGAUGUGUAUAGUUUCGGAAUGGUUUGCUUCGAGCUUCUAACCGGUAAAGUUCCUUUCGAAGAUAGCCAUCUUCAAGGGGAGAAAAUGAGCAGAAACAUAAGGGCUGGAGAGAGGCCACUUUUUCCACUCAAUUCACCGAAAUACGUUAUCAACUUGACGAAGAAAUGUUGGCACACCGAUCCGAAUCAGCGUCCGAGUUUCUCGUCCAUAUGUAGAGUUCUUCGUUAUAUAAAAAGAUUUCUCGCAUUAAAUCCCGGUUACAAUAAAGAGAUAGAUCCACCAGUGCCACCUGUAGAUUACUGUGAUAUAGAGUCAGCACUUUUGAGGAAGUUUCCUUUUUGGGGAAGUUCUGGAUCAUCUAUAUCGAAUAUUCCUUUUCAAAUGUUUGCGUACCGAGUUAUCGAGCAAGAAAAAAUGAAUACAGGCUCUAAGGAUAACUCCGAAUCCGGAAGUGAUGCUUCCGUCUGCGGUGACGAAACCGUUACGUCAGGAGACGAGCCGUUUCUAACCGUAAUAGAAAAGAAACCUUCAGUUGGACCUGAGAUUAUAAACAACAGGAGGCUUGUAUCGACAAGGAAGUUACUAGAUUCGAGAGCCAAACAAUCAGGUACACCAAAAGGGAGACUAGAUAGACCUCCACAAAUGACCCCUCAAUCGCGAAGCAUGCGGAUGAGUUCAGAUAAACAUCUAAUAUCAAGUCCGAGGAGAUUAACAAGAUCAUCUUCCGACUGCAGUCUUACAAGCAUGGAUUUAUAG